AUGUCCACCAACCGGCCUUUCUUGGCAAACUUCCUCGCUGCGUUCCGCGCGCAGUCAACCUACAAAGCAUCAACUGCCGGCUCUCAAUCCGCCACCGGCUCAUCGUCGCUCUCCCCAUCUCAGAUUUCACAGGGCGCUCGAGCAAUAGCUACAAAAACCACAUCCUCUCCUUCUUCAUCUUCAUCGUCCUCAUCCUCUUCCGCCUCGCCAUCCACAGUCCCAACCAAUGCCCCAUCAUCAUCUGAGACGGUCUCCUCGCCCUCCCACUACCACCACCAUCACAGCCACCACCAUCAGCCCUCAAGACCACACUCUCACAGCCGCGCAGCACCGUUAAACUCGCAAUCACACCUAAACAACUCCGCAACCGAUUCCUAUUCAUCUCCUUCCUCGCCGCCAACUUCCUCCUCAACGCCCAUCCCCAUUAGAAAUAGCGACCGUCAGCGGCGCGGAAGCGACAGUUCUAGCGGAUCGGGCGGGUUUCGCGAUGCUCUGGGACCCGAGAAAUGGUAUAUUGGGGGAAGGACCGCGGCCGGAGAGGAGAGGUUCUAUCGGCUUGGAAUGGUGACUAAGGGUGGUGGACGGUUAGGAGGGAGUGGAAGAGUCGGCAGUUUUGAUCAGUUGAGUCUGUGAUUGCCUGCCUUACAAUUACAUGGUUUGCUUUUUUGCUGAGCGGUUCAGUUUGGGACGGGGUUGGAUGGGAUGAUUCUCUAUUGAUAAAAUAAAGUUCCUGCUUUUAUGUGUUUGGACUGGCUGGCUGGAUUGGGCGUUCGAAGCUCGGCAUUUGGGGGCGUUGGCUUAUAGCCUGCUUCGGCUGCUAUUUUCUUUCGUUGCUUUGCUUGGUUUGAGGUUUCGUUCGUUUCCUUUGUGAAUGAUUGACUUGGUGAUUGUGCUGUUCGCGCUGAUCCCUAAAAAAACAGAGCCUACCUGU